AUGAUAAGGAGCACAGAGGAUACCGUUUUUGAAUAUGAUCCAGAAAAUAGGAACGAACAGGAAUCCCAAAAAAAUGAGAAUUUUCCUUCAAAUGAUAGCCCUUCGAUAUUGAAGUCGUACAGAAGGCUGGUGAGUAGUAAUGAGCAAAUGAUUAAUGGUGAAUUAGUGAAAACGGACUAUUUAAAGUUAAUUAAAGCUUUUUCUACUGAUGAGAAUAUUAAAUUAAAUAGACUAAAGGGAACCACUCUGAGUAGUGAAGAUAUGAAUGGCUCAUUGGUUCGUAUAAAAUCUGAGAUUUCUGAAAUAGAAGAUAUUAUAAAGACUUACGAGGCUAUUAAGAAGGGAGAAAAAGAAGUAAAUGCAAAUUUGAAUAUUGCGCUUUUAAAUGAUUCAACAUCGCUUUUAUCUGAAAUUGAAGAUAUUAAGAACAACUUAAAUAGCUUGAUUGAUAAACAGAAAUCUUUGGAGAAUUCAAUGAACUCUUUAGAUACACUAAAACAACAUAAUUUUACAACAAAAGACCUGCUUGAUGAGCUUUCAAACUGUAUAAAUAGCGUUAGUAAUAUUAACUCAGAAGAAGGAGCUAACAGUGCAGAAAAAGAGAUCGAAAUUUCGAUUGAAUGCUUAAAAAAUAAUUCAGAAAACGCUCUUGAUAUAAAGAAUCUUCUAGAAUUGGAGAGAAGAGUUUAUGAGAUAGAAUCCAAAAUAGGUAUUGAUAGACUCUCGGCAAUGCCGUAUUCUGAUAUUCAAAGUGCAAUACAUAACAUUUCUCAAAGGCUUUCACUUCUCGAUACAAACAGGUUAGAGGGAAUUUUUAGAAGAGUGCAGGCAUUAUCUACGUCUAUUGAACAACUUAAUAAGAAAAGAAAAGACUUGAAUGAUUCCUUGUUUAAUGAAACAGAUUCUACAAACAUUACCAAACUAUAUGAUAUCAUUCAAAAAUGGAAGUGUACCGGAGCAGCAUUACCAUUUAUACUAGAGAGAUUAAAGCUUUUGAAAGCUCUACAUCAAGAUGUCUCUACAAUUAAUUCAAGACUUACAGUUAUGGAGUCGCAGCAAAUUGAAGUUGAGAAAACUCUGGAAGUGUGCAAGUCGUCAUUCACAAAACUCAGCUCCUCUAUUGAACAAGUUUGUAAAAACUUACAAAAGUGA